AUGGUUUGGAACGCGCCUCACGAAAAUGAAAACACGUAGACGCGGUACGAGCGACGGAGAUGACGCCCGACGACCCGAAACCGUACCGUCCAAAGACGUCGAAUUGUGCCUCGAGGUGGAGAUUGAUGACGAGGUCAAAGAGUUGAUGGAGUCGCCGGAAAAGUGCCGGUCCGCCCUACUCGACGUCACAGUGAUCAAACCCGUCGGACUCGAUCGGACCACCGAGAGGCAAACGCUUAAAAGCGACGACGUGAAGAAACUGAUCGAUUCGUUAAAUUUAGCGGGCGACGACAAGCGGGACCUGCUGCGGGAAAUUUUUGGCGGGAGCCCGAAGACCAAAUGGUCCGGCGCCCGAAUGGACGGCGGUGACACGACGGCGGCGGCGGCGGCGGCGACGACGUCGCGUCGACUCCCGAAGAGGCGCGAGCAAGUCUACACGACGGCCAGAACCGUGGACGCGAUGAGGUCGAUAUUCGCGUGCAAGAACAAGAGCGUCCACGACUACGAAACGCGCAAGAAGGACGAGCCAUGUCUGUGCAAGAACUGCGCGGUGGUGGGCGUCCUCCAGGACUCGCAGAAACGACCGUUCGUCACGGAACCGAUGCCCGAGCCAAAAUCGAGAGCGUCUUCCCGCCGCCCCCAAAGGAAAAAAUCGGUGACCUUCGAGCGGGCGGACGGGCCGCACCUGGAGUGUCGGUUCCUGUUCGAACGUCUCUCGACCCGUAUCGGCGAUCUGGAGCGCAAGGUGCGCGCGCAGGAGGAACGCACGGUUCCCAAAGACUACUUCAGGAAAAUCAUCACGAAACUGGUGAACCACCUGACCAAGUUGACGAGUUUCGCGACCGAAGGCCAAGCCAGGCGGAAAGAGGAGGACCGGACGCGUUACCACGUCCACCCGUUGCUCGUCGAGCAGCAGGUGAGGGUACCGGCGGAGAAGGAAUACGAGCCGAGGCCCUGCUGCUCGUCGACGGAGGACCCGUCGUCCCCGGGCGUAUGGAGGUGGGGCGGAGAGAUACUGAGGCCGGGCAUCGACCUGAAGAACAAAAUCGCGGACCUCCUCGAAGAGACCUUUCGCGGUGUGCGGCGGGGGUGGGAGAAGAGUCCGCAGGACGUCCCCGACGUGAGUUUAAAGACGUGCCGUCGUCCCGUCGACGCGCCGCGCCGACGGAAGGCGUCGUUAGACGUCGCGUACGUGAACCCCGCAUCGGACGCGUGGCAGGAAUCGAAAAUCUCGUUUCGAGCGGUCUCUAGCGGCGCGUGCCAGAAACAACCGAGUCGGGGGCAGAGGGAGGAGUUGCUCAGGGUGAUCGAGAACGCGACCACCGCCGACAAAUUUAGGCUGUGGCAGAAUAUAUGGAACCGGGCUCUCGCGAACGGGCAAUCGCGCGACGACGCCGUCACCGUGGAGGUGAAGGGGGCCGGGUCGCCGGCGGAGGCGCGUUUCACGGUCGGCGAAAUGGAAAGGCUCUUGGUGGCGCACGGACGGAGGAGGUGAGGGGGCGUGGCAAUAAACGUUUGGCACUCUUUUUGGAUUUUCCGUUUAUUGUUACAAUAAUUAUCCACGAAUUAUGAUUGACGGGGGAUGGAGGUGCUGAAACUUCUGGCGACGCGUCGUCUCUCCGUCGACGAUGUCCCUUAAA